UCAUCAUAUCGGCAUUGAUCAGAUAUGGAGCUGAAGCAAUCAGGGUCUGUUAAGAAGGCAGCAAGGAGUGCAUCCAAUAAAUUCAGGAAUUCACUUUCAAAGAGAGGUAGGAGGAGCAGUAAAGUAAUGUCUAUUGAAAUAGAUGAUGAUAUUGAUGCAGAGGAGAUGCAGUCUGUUGAUGCCUUGCGUCAGGCACUUAUAUUGGAGGAAAAGUUACCUGCAAGACAUGAUGAUUAUCAUACGUUGCUAAGGUUCUUGAAGGCCAGAAGAUUUGACAUUGAGAAAUCAAAGGAAAUGUGGACUAAUAUGCUCCAAUGGAGGAAGGAAUUUGGUACCGACACAAUUAAUGAGGACUUCGAGUUCAAGGAGAAGGCGGAAGUGUUGAAAUAUUAUCCUCAGGGGUAUCAUGGAGUAGAUAAGGACGGACGACCAGUGUAUAUAGAAAGACUAGGCCUUGUAGAUGCUUCCAAGCUCAUGCAAGUCACCACCAUGGACCGCUAUCUCAAAUACCAUGUAAGGGAGUUUGAGAAGACCUUUAGUGUUAAGUUUCCUGCUUGCUCGAUUGCAGCCAAGAAGCACAUUGAUCAAAGCACAACAAUCUUAGAUGUACAAGGAGUGGGUCUUAAGAGCUUCACGAAAGCUGCAAGGGACCUUGUAGGUAGCCUUCAGAAGAUUGAUGGUGAUAAUUAUCCUGAGACAUUGAAUCGCAUGUUCAUCAUCAAUGCAGGUUCUGGAUUUAGAAUGUUGUGGAACUCUGUCAAGUCUUUCCUAGAUCCUAAAACCACAGCCAAGAUUAAUGUUCUUGGCAACAAAUAUCAGAGCAAGUUGCUUGAAAUAAUUGAUGAAAGUGAGUUGCCAGAUUUUCUGGGAGGCACUUGCACUUGUGCUGAUAAAGGAGGUUGUAUGCUGUCUGAUAAGGGUCCAUGGAAGGACCCAGAGAUCAUUAAGAUGGUUCAAGGUGGUGCACAUAAAGGCUCAAAGAAAUCACAGGAUGAAAGCACUGAAGAGAAAACGACAUCAGAGGAUAAAACUGAGUCCCCAAAGUCUAUGCCGGCUAGUGAAGCCGUGGCUGCUGAGCCAGUUCCAGAUGCACCAAUUAAACAAUCAGACAAUCCUGUUGAGCAUUCAGAACCCCCUCCCGUACAGGAAAUAUCACAGGUCCAAAAGAGCCCAAAUGAAAAUGUUGUCGCAGUGGUUAAUGAACCCGUGAUGGAUUUGGCAUUGACGAAACCAGAGCAAAAUGGAAAUUUUGCUCCUCUACAGAGAGAUUCUUUUAGUAAGCAGGCAAGUCGCAAGCACCCUGAUGGGGCUAGCUCUCAUGUUUUCAAUGGUGUGAUGACCUUUGUUAUGGGAAUAGCCACCAUGGUGAAAGUGACACGCAACAUGCCAAGAAAGGCCGGCGAUGACAAGACCGACUCUAGUCCGGCUGAAGGCAUUGGCACAAAGGUUAAGAGCACGGAAGGUCCGGCCAAGUUAACACCACCACCAUCACCAGCCAUCUCCCAAGAUGAGUUGGCGUCAGUCAUGAAACGUAUGGCUGAGUUGGAGCACAAACUAUCUGUUGUCAACAGGCAAAGUACAACAAUGCCCCCUGAGAAGGAAGAAAUGUUGAAUUCUGCACUAACCCGGGCUGAUGCCUUAGAACAAGAGCUUAUGGCAACCAAGAAGGCUCUAGAAGACUCAUUUGCACAACAGCAGGAGCUCGUGGCUUAUAUUGAGAAAAAGAAAAAGAAGAGGAGGACUUUAAUAUUUUGGUGAUGAAUGAGAUGCUGUAAGCUGACACAGGUGCUCAGGAAAGAGGUGGUGGAAUAAUUUGUUUCUUUCAAGACCAAGCCACCCCACACCCUGCAAAUGCACUCUGGUCUCAUAAGAUGCUAAUCUCAAGUUUUGAUCAUUAUUAAUUGCCCCGCAAGGAUCAAUUGUAUUGUACAAAUAUACAUAUAUAUAUAUAUAUAUAUACCUAUCGCCUGGCAUGAGCUCGACACUCAACUGUUUAUUUUCAUUUUUAUCUGCCCUGUUUAGAAAACCAGUGGUUACAAAGCAAGGAAAUGAAACUUUCCUGGAAACAUGCAGCGGAAUUUAAUUAUGUAGUCAGUGUUAAUCUGCAUUCUUUUAUUCCUAGUAUCUGUUAUAAAACAUUAUGGGAAGUUAUAUAA